AUGCCAAGGAAGAAUAAGGACAUCGAUGACAUAGAAUCCAGUAUCGCGAAAGAAUCAGACGUUUAUAAAACUGACGACAGUGAUGAAGACGGAGGCUCCAGCUACGAUGAAUCAAGUGAAGAAACACCGAGCAAAUCAAUGAGGGAGUGGGUUGGAUCCGAUUUCCCCAACAUGCCUCGAAAGAAGCCAAGAGGUCUAAAUAUUGUCCUCGACUACUAUGCAAGAGGUCGCAAAGCCAUAUUCAAGAAAAAACCUCUCGAUGAAGGUGUUGAGCCAAAAUGUUGUGACGGUAUCUCCGGUCUUUGUGGCCUAAUACUUCUCCUCUUAAUCGAUGUUGGCUAUGUGGCCUGGUGCUGCUAUUGUAACAAAUUGAAAGAAGAGGACGAUAUCCGGUUACUGUGGCUUUCGGUUCUAGUUUGGAUCGUGGUAAUUAUCAAAAUUAUCAGACGACUAAUACGACUUGGACGACUGCGAGGUGGUUGCUGGUCUCCAUUUGGAUCUUGUGGCGACGGAAUCCGUAGUGGCUAUGAAAGUUUUAAGGAGAAAGUCCGCGACGGAUGGCAAUCGAUGUGGGAUAGAAUUGACCCGGAUGAAAAAACUCAAAAGAAAAAGAAGAAGCUAGCGAGCGCAAUUUUCGGCUACUCCUUGAUGUUAAUCUUCGUCAUUCUCUGCCUGGUAUUCUUCGUCAUCCUUCAGGAUGUUCGAAACUUGGUUUCGCUCUCCGGAAUAGUAGUCCUGCUUCUGCUUUGCAUAGCAAUAUCAUUCCAUCCGGGCCGUAUCAACUGGCAACCAGUCCUUGUUGGUAUUUUUGUCCAACUAGUCUUCGCCGUUUUGACACUACAAACACGCCCAGGUUACGUAGCCUUCGAAUUCUUGGGUAAGCGUAUGGCUGAAUUCCUUCAUCACAGUACUGCCGGAUCUGGAUUCGUCUUCGGUGACUACCACUGUUUUGCCUUUGAUACCCUUCCAGUCGUCAUCUUCUUCUCGUCUUUCAUUGCCGUUGUAUUCCACCUCGGUAUCAUUGGAAUCCUAAUUGAUAAACCUUCUGUUGUUGUAAGGAAAGUCCUUAAUACAACAGGUCCGGAGACUCUAAAUGCUGUUGCUAAUAUUUUCGUUUCCAUGACUGAAUCUCCUCUGAUAACCAGGCCCUACAUGCACAUGAUGACUAACUCUGAAUUGAUGGCUAUCAUUGUCAAUGGUUUUGCGUCAAUAGCCGGAUCUGUCCUUGCCGCCUACAUUAACUUCGGUAUUCCAGCAAAUCACUUAUUGAUGGCUUGUGUCAUGUCCGCUCCCGCCGCAUUGGCUAUUUCCAAAGUCAUCUAUCCUGAGACAAAGAAGGCCCCCUUGGCAGGCUUUGGUGAACUUGGGAAGAUCAAGAGUCCUUAUAACAAUGUGCUUGAGGCCGCUAUGGUCGGGGCUAUGGACUCAAUCCCAAUUUGUGCGGGCAUUGCUGCAAACUUGAUUGCCUUCUUGAGUAUUUACAACUUCUUCAACCAAACUCUUGUCUGGCUGGGCCGACGAGCGUGCAUGGAGCAAGAUCUUACAUUCGAGUUGAUUUUCUCCUACGUCCUCUGGCCGAUUGCUUUCACGAUGGGCGUCCCCUCCGAAGACUGUCUAAAGAUAGCCGAAUUGAUUGGUGUUAAAACCAUGUUGAACGAAUUCGUAGCCUUCGAACGCUUGGGCAUUAUAAUUGGGGACUCACAACGUUACAAUGAACUCCAUCCUACAGCUCAAAAGUUUGAAUUUCUACAAAAUGGUUCAGCCCUACUGACCGCUGCAAAUGGCACAGAUCUGCUUUUCAAGUAUGGUAUUCUUUAUACCCGACGGGCUGAAGUUAUAGCCACGUAUGCCCUCUGUGGUUUCGCAAAUAUCGGUUCAAUUGGUAUUAUGCUUGGUGCUAUGGUGACUCUUCUACCUCAUAGAAGGAGAGACUUGUCGAAACUAAUUCUGCCGGGCAUGAUCGGUGGCAAUGUAGCGUGCUUUCUUACAGGAUGCUUCGCGGGUCUCUUCUUCAAGGAUUCAUAA